AUGCCCCUGCUGCUCCCCGGCCUCCCGCGAGCGACGCGCCGGCCUCGCCCCCCGCGCUCCGCCCGGCUCCGCUCGCUCGCCACCUGCCCGGGGGCCGCCGCCGCCCGCCCGCCGCCGCCGCCGCUGCUGCCGAGCCGCCCGGGCACGCGGCGCGGCCGGGCUCCGGGGCGAGGGCUGCGCUCGCCGCGCGCUGCGCUCCUGCACACCUGCUCCCGGGCGCCGCGCCCAACGCUGCGGCCAGAGCGGGCCGGCGGGGCUGCAGCCCAGGUGCGCCGUCAGCUCAGGGGGCCGCCGGCAGGUCGGCAGGUGGACGGAGCCGCAGACGCGGGCGUGAGCUCAUCCCGGGCACCCGGCGCCCCGACUGCGCAGCAAGCGGCCUCCCGUGCGCCGGCCCUCAGCCUCCACAUCCAGGCAGCAGGCGGGCGGGCAGGCUCAUCUUUCCUCUCCCGCGGCCCGAAUCGCAGUGAGCCCUCGCUAACCUUCCCUGCCUGGGAGGCGGGCGGGCGGGCGCGGAGCGAGCGAGCGAGCGAGCGGCGCGGAGGCGAGCGGGGACCCCCUCCCCUGCCUCUGGCCGCUGGGGCGCUCUGCAGUCUUAAAGCAGCAGCGGAGAAGUGGAGCCGGACUGGAGAGGCAGGAGCGACGAGAGCGCAGCCACCACACAGUCACGCACAGUCAUCAGGAUGCGUUUCUUAG